AUGCUGCAGUCGCUGGCCAGCAACUCGUGCGUGCCCCUGGUGGAGCGGCAUCGCUCGGCCUGGUUCUUUGGCUUCCUGGUGGUCGGCUACGUGUUGUACUUGGUGUUCGGCGCGGUGGUCUUCUCCUCGGUGGAGCUGCCCAACGAGGACCUGCUGCGCCAGGACCUGAGCAAGGCGAAACGGCGCUUCCUGGAUGAGCACGAGUGCCUGACAGAGGAACGGCUAGAGCAGUUCUUGACGCGGGUGUUGGAGGCCAGCAGCUACGGCGUGUCGGUGCUUAGCAAUACCUCGAGCAACUGGAAUUGGGACUUCACGUCAGCGCUCUUCUUCGCCAGCACCGUGCUCUCCACCACCGGUUAUGGCCAUGCCGUGCCUUUGUCAGAUGGGGGUAAGGCCUUCUGCCUCCUGUACUCUAUCAUCGGCAUCCCUUUCACCCUCCUGUUCCUGACGGCGGUGGUCCAGCGCAUCACUCUCUACGUCACCCACAAGCCUGUCUUCUACUUCCAUACCCGCUGGGGCUUCUCCAAGCACACUGUGUCCCUUGUGCACGCAUUUACCCUCGGGUUUAUCACCAUGUCCUUUUUUUUCUUCAUCCCGGCAGCUGUAUUCUCCUUCCUGGAGAGUGACUGGAACUUCCUUGAAUCUUUUUAUUUUUGUUUUAUUUCCCUGAGCACCAUUGGCCUAGGGGAUUAUGUUCCUGGAGAAGGUGACAAUCAAAGAUUCAGAUCAAUCUAUAAGCUUGGAAUCACAUGUUACUUGAUCCUUGGCCUAAUUGCUAUGCUGGUGGUUCUGGAAACCUUCUGUGAACUCCGUGAGCUGAAAAAAUUCAGAAAGCUGUUCUACAUGAAGAAGUUCAAGGGCGAAGACCAAUUGCACAUUUUGGAGCAUGACCAGCUCUCCUUCUCCUCCAUCUCAGACCAAGCAGCUGGCCUGAAAGAGGAUCAGAAGCAGAACGAGCCCUUUGUAGCCUCACGGCCACCCGCCCACUCAGAUGGCUCUGGAAAUAACUAA